AUGGUCAGCAUUGUUAUCAACUAUCUAGUAAUUUUAGUAGUGGUAUUACAACUUUUAUCUGUUUCUUGCUCAAAUACUUCAAAAUUAAUAAGUUUUUCUACUCAUCUCAUUCAUCGAGAUUCACUUGAAUCUCCGUUGUAUGAUUCAUCAACCAACAAAACCAACUUUCUAGAACGAGCCAUUCUUCGCUCUAGUUCUCGAUUCUAUAACGCGAAAUCUAUCUCAAAAUUCCCCAACAAUAACGCGAAUGAAAUUAAUUCUAUAGAUUCAACAGUUUCCGUAUCUAUUUACUCUGAGUACCUCAUAGAGAUUUCCAUUGGCACACCACCCAUCAAGCAAUUGGUAGCCUUGGACACCGGAAGCAGCAAAGUAUGGACUCAAUGUCUCCCCUGUGUCAACUGUUUCAGGCAGACUCAACCCAAAUUUAAUUCAAAAAGAUCAAGCUCCUAUAAAAUAUUAACAUGUGGUGGAAAAGAAUGCAAAAAAUUGGGCAAUGCUAAAACUUGUGAAUGGAGAUAUGGAAAAUGUACAUACACUUUUAAAUAUUUGGACAAUUCCUCCAGCUCUGGUGAUCUAGCCAUGGAAACUUUUAAAUUGGGAAACAAUUUCUUUCGAAAAAUGGUUUAUGGGUGUUCGAAAAACAACAUUGGUGAGUACUAUGAGACCAUAGCUGGCAUUGCGGGGUUCGGAGCUGGGCCUCACUCAUUAAUAAGUCAGCUUAGCGAUAUGGUUGGUGGUAAGUUCGCGUACUGCCUAGUUCAUUAUUUGAAAAUAAAUACAAGAAGCAAGAUCAGCUUCGGGGCUAGCGCAAUCGUGUCUGGACGCAGCACCCCGUUGGUAUCCGAAUAUAUAACAUUGGAAGGGAUUAGUGUCGAAAAUAUGGCAUUUCCCAUCAUGGUUGGUCAUGAGAAAACCUAUACGAGAAUUCCUUUUAGGAGUCAUGCCAUAUUAGAUACCGGCGCGUUUUUAUCUUAUUUACCGACGGGUUUGUAUCAACAAUUGAAGAAUGCACUAAGAAGCGUGAUUAGAGCCGAACCAUUUGAAAAUUACCAUUUAAAACAUUGUUACAGGUUUGAUCCAAACUUUCCUACUCUCAUUAUCCAUUUUUCUGGAGGUGCUGAAUUAGUUUUGACAAAGAGAAAUACAAUUAUUAACAAUAACGGCGUAUGGUGCCUAGUGAUACACCCAACCAAUAGUGGUGAAACUAUAAUUGGGAGUUUGUUUCAAAUGGAUUACAUGAUUGGAUAUGAUCUUGAGAAUAAGAGUGUUUCUUUUAAGGCAGUGAAUUGUUCAAAUCAUUAA